ACAGCUUCCAGGAUGAAUAAGAGCAACCGUCCACCCGGGUCCGAGCCUCCAGUGGAGCUAGAGAAUCAGUUUGUUCUCCGCCUCCCACCAGUGCCGGCCCAGAGCCUGCGACACGCCAUCCGCGAGGGCAUGUCCAACAUCAAGGACCGCCUGUUCAUCAGCAUGGAGUCGGACAUGCGGCGCGGCACGGUGCGCUUCGACAACUGGUACCUGCCGGCCAAGAUUGUCGAUGUGCCAACCAUGACAGAAUCAUAUAAAACUAUCGACGGCAAAAACUUCUACAAAACGGCAGAUAUCUGUCAGAUGAUGUUUUGCAAGGAGGACGACGACGCCUCCGACGAGGAAUCGCCCAACAAGAAGCGCCGGGACCCGAGUAAGGUGGAGAAGAAGUACCUGUACCCCCACGGCCUGACGCCGCCCUUGAAGAACGUCCGCAAGCGACGCUUCCGACGCACGCUGAAGAAAAAGUUCGUGGAGGUGCCCGAGAUCGAGAAGGAGGUGAAGCGUCUGCUGCGCAUGGACAACGAGGCGGUGCACGUGCGCCACGAGGUGGUGGACGAAGAGAAGAAGAAGGACGAGGCGGGCGGCUCGACCCUUGCCACCAUCAAGGAGGAGCUCGGCGAGCAUGACAUAUUCGGGGAGGAGCUGAGCGACAGCGACGAGGAGGCCGACCGCAGCUUCAACCGGCUCGAUGACCCGGAGGACUCGGCCAUGUCCGAGUCCAAGUUCUCGGGCGGCGAGUCCACCAACAUGUCCAACACCAUGGACACCACGGCGGACCAGAACCAAGUGAAGACAGAGUUCGACAGCAGCAUGUUCCCGCACACGGCAUCGCCGGCCAAGUCCACGCCGUCGCCGUCGCUCUCCAUCAAACGCGAGUACUCCGACUCGCCAUCGGACGUGGAUGAGCAGCUGGAGCAGCUGCAGAGGCGCAUCUCGGACGUGCAGGCGCAGCGCGAGGCGCAGGAGGCCGAAAUGGCCGGCAUCGACAACCAGGCGCUGCGCCAGCGUUUCCGCGCCAUGGUCGAUGAUCUCGCCAACAUGGAGGCCGACUACCGGCGGCAGUACGAAGAGCUUCUCCGACAACGGAUAUAGAUGGCAGUUGGGCUUGCGCCGGGUGGCGCAGCACGACAGACACUGCCUUCCGUGCGCUGGCGCUGGCAGACCGGAGGGAAGCCAGACCUGGCAGCCGACCCGGUCUUCAAACGCCAUCGUCGACGCAUCUUCAUUCGAGCGCCUCGUGCCCCGUGGACGCCUGGGAGCUCCGGCUAUCCGCGUGCGUGUGCGUCGCUUGCGAUCGUUCCUCACUGGCGUUCGUGAAGAGCUGGGGGUUCUUCAGUGGUCCACUUGUGAGCCCCUGGCUUGUCAUAUGCUAUCGUGAACAUGACCCAUCCCUUUAUUCGCUCUCGCACAUAACGAAAGAGCAGUUGAGGUAUUACCAGUGCAGUGGUUUAUGUGGGGCGGUUGGACAGCUGCGUGCCGCUUUUCAGCGUCUGCCCCGUCACUGUCGGUCACUUCCAGUGCGUGGCUCUUGUCGGUUGGCAUGGCUCGGCUAGUCCAGUUCACCAGACAGGACAGCUCUGUGUAGGUCAGGGCCAGUUGGUGCCGUGGCAGUGAGGUGUGCUCAUGCGCCGGCGAUGUGUGUCAGGAAACAGGUGCGUGGUUUUCGCUGUACGCUGGGCACGCACAUGACGCACGCUCACAUGUCCUGCCCGCACUUGGUCGUGCUGCAUCUCCCAGCGGCCGGAUGGUGCGCACCUGAUCAGAAGAUGCGGUUCAGUGCGGCAAACCUCUUGCUGCCACGUAGACUGGAUGAUCAACGCAUCACGCAAGGAUUUGCGGCCACGUGGAUACCGGCGCAUUUAAAUCCUGUGCUGAUGCAAGGACCUAAGCGGCCAUGAUAACUGGGGUGACUGGAUUCGCUCUAUAGAAAGUGCCCUCGUCCAGGAGACAAGGUGCAUCGCUUUGUGCUGAAUGGUCGAUGACUGGGGCGGCUGGAUUCACUCAGCGCUGUGCCCCGUCCGGGAGACAGGGUGCGUCACAUUGCAUUCAAGCUAUUGUCCAUAUACACGUGUCCAUUGUCACAUCCAGGCUCGAUUCGGCCGCCCGUCCGUCUCUUCCUUCGGGUGCUGGGCUUCUGGAGUCGGUACGCAUGAGAGCCGCCGUUCACGCUGGCUAAGCGGCUCUGCGGUUCUCACGUAAAUGUGAUUAUGCCUCGUGAGCCACGGAGUGUGCCGGCUUCUGCACAAUA